ACACUUCUUCAUCUUCUUCAUUUCGUAAUAAGAUAUCCGAGGAGUCAAGUCAUUGCCACGAACAUUUUUCAUUUAAUUUUGCCGCGUGUAAAUUUAUCCUCAUACUCCCAGGAGGCAUCAUUAUUCGCGAGUGCUUGUUCAUAUAACGUUCAUACGACAGAUCUUAUAUUUAAGGCACUUUUUCAAUAUUAAAUUGUAUGAAAAAAGACUGUGUUUUCCAAAAAAAAUACAAUGGAACUUCAAAGGAUGACAAAUAAACUGUUGACAUUGGAAUGACCUCCAACGAGCUUGCUGUGUGCUCCCUCGAAGAUGAUCCCGUGCACCUGGCCCACGGCACUGUUCUUUUUGAUAUGGCUGUGCAAUGAUGUCGUGUCGAAAAGGAAUCACACGUUAAAGCCACGUGUGGUUCUACCAGAAAACUAUGUGAAAGAAAUGCGUCCACCGGCGCGAAAAGGCCAGCCUGUGAUCGUAGAGUUCAGUAUAUACGUGGUGGACGUCAACUCCAUCAAUGUUGAAGAUAUGGACUUCAGAGUGGACAUGUUCAUUCGUCAAACCUGGAGCGAGAGCCGGCUGCAGCUCCCCGAGGACAUCUUCGAGGAGGGGGACGAUCACGUGACCUUGCCACCCGAGUUCUUUGACAACCUGUGGCACCCUGACCCUUACUUCUUGAACUCGAAGGUCACAGGUGAGCUAGAAAUCGCAGAGCUGACCCACAAGUUUUCAUCAGUGACUUUAUACAGGAACCAGACAGUGAGAUAUUCCGCCCGGAUGCAUGCGAUCAUCGCAUGUCAGAUGGAAUUCCAACUGUACCCGAUGGAUAUACAAUCGUGCCCUAUUUAUAUCGAAAGCUUUUCAUACAGCAACCAAAAGGUACGGUUUCGCUGGAGCGAAGCAGGUGUCACCAUCAACCCUGAGUUAAAACUUCUGCAGUAUCAUAUCGGACAGCCGUUACGGCUUGAAGAAACUAAUGGAUAUAUGAUCGAUAAGGAUGGAAACUACUCAAGACUAGUAGUGUACUUCAGAUUCGAGCGUCAAAUCGGGCACCAUUUGAUCCAAACCUUCGCUCCGUCCUCUUUGGUUGUGAUGCUGUCCUGGUUCAGCUUCUGGCUCGACCUGGACGCGAUCCCGGGACGUGUGACCUUACUAGUCACCUGCAUGUUAACCCUCGUUACCAUGUUCACGGGAUUACGAGCUGAUAUCCCACCUGUUGCAUAUGUUAAGGCUCUGGAUCUAUGGAUGGCUGGUUGUAUGAUGUUCGUGUUCGCCGCUCUCGGAGAGUUCGUCGUAGUGAAGGUGUUGGACAAGCAGUACCAGAUGAACAAGACCAAGGCCCAAGAGUCCAUGCCCAGGAUCAUUCCGGUGAUGUUUCGUUAUCUUUGGCAGCGUUUGAACGGGGAGAAGGGUUCGUGUGGAACCCUGGCCGCGUGGGAGGGUAGUCAGGUGAGAUGCCGGAAGGUGGACCUGACGUCGCCGACGUCACCGCCGGCCGCCACGCCGGCUGUCCACCCCGCACCGUCCGCGACACACACUACAGCGCACCUCGUCGGCGUUGAGCGAAGGCAAAGCAUACUACAGGUUGCCUGGUUGGAUGCCGACACCGGUCAAGAACGCGUCCUCUGGCGGGAGAUUGACAAACUAUCUCGCGUCGUUUUUCCCGCCUUAUUUCUCCUCUUCGUCACAAUGUACUGGCCCGUUCUCCUCCUGAAAACGAAAACGUCUUCAUAACAAUUAGAGGUUUUGAGUUUCGCUGCCUUUGCCUGAAAACCCUUGAUGGUAAAUCAAUGUGUUAUCAGGUUUUUAUUACCUACCAGUUUCGACGGCAAUGCCGAAGUAGGAGAAGAUGAAAUAUUGCUUUCAGUAGAUCAAAAAUUUCAAUUUACGAAGUUCUAUUGCGAGAAAAGGUCUGAGAGAGGGAAAGAUUAUAAAUAUUGAAAUAUUAAUCUUGAACUUUUUUGGACGUAAAAGAAGUUGUUUUUGACGUAUUUGUACUGAUACGUACGCAAUUGUUUCAGACAAUAAUAUUAACGUGUUUUAUGUUAACCUUUUACACUUUCGUUAGCAAACCUUUUUUCUCUCGCCUCUUCCAGUUUCUGUAUACACGAUGUCAAAUGAAAUGUCAUUUUAGGAGCCUACCAAUAUGGUUACCGUUGUGGCCAAGAGCUGCUAUUCUAAGCUGAGUAGCGCAGGUUUGAAAAGAUGGAAUUAGGCCCUCUGGAGAUACCAGUUUUGUUGUAUCUACUUUUAACACAAGUU